UUCAUUCAUUUUACUCGCAAAAAACCUGCCUCAGUUUCUCUCUCCCCCACCAGUUUACAUACCCGGAAAAGAAAGAAUGAAGGUGACAAUAGAAAACUCAACGACCGUCAAGCCAAUUUACGAUCCCAGUCCUCCGCCGCCAAGCACGGCCUACAUUCCUCUCAGUGCUUUCGACAAGGUCGCCUAUGAUGCCCAUGUGGCUAUUAUAUAUGCCUACCGGCCCCCGGCAAUGCCGACCGCCACCCUGAAGCUAGGACUGCAGAGGGUUCUGGCAGUUUAUCGGGAAUGGGCUGGAAGGCUCGGGAUGAACCACAAAGGGGAGACCGUCGUUCUACUAAAUGACCAAGGGGUGAGGUUUGUCGAGGCCUCUAUGGAUAGCCGGCUUGACCAGACCCUGACCUUGCUAAAGCCUUCACAGGCCCUGCAGAGUCUGUACCCGUCCCUUAAGGGCAUCGAGGAGCUCCUCCAGGUACAGGUCACGAGGUUUGCCUGCGGCUCAAUGGUGAUUGGCUUCACGGCCCACCAUAGUGUUGCCGAUGGCCAGGCAACGAGCAGCUUCCUUGUGGCUUGGGGUAGGGUGUGCCGCGGCUUAGACAUUGGGCCACUCCCCCUUCAUGACCGCAUCUCCUACUUCAUCCCCCGGGACCCUCCCAAGAUUGAGUUUGAUCACUUUGGAGCAGAGUACACGAGUAAAAAGAUUGUCGAGGACGAAGCAUCACGGUUCAACAAUGUUGCCCUAGAUGAUAUUGUGGUGCAUAAAGUCCAUUUUUCUGCGGACUUCCUAACGAAGCUCAAGGCUAGGGCUUCCAUUUCCUGCCCACCAUCAGAUAUCACUAACAACAAUAAGCGCGCCACCUAUAGCACAUUCGAGUGCGUGAUCGCCCAUCUGUGGCGGGCCAUAACAAAGGCCCGCUCAGUGAGUGCAUACGAGACGACACAUCUGAAAAUCUCCGUGAAUGGCCGGUCAAGAAUGAACCCUAGGGUUCCAAACCAGUACUUCGGGAACCUGGUUCUCUGGGCCGUCCCCAGUGCCAAGGUCAAGGACCUUCUGCGUGAGCCCGUCUCACACGCUGCCAAACUGAUCCAUGAGGCAAUUGCCAAGGUCAAUGACAGUUACUUUCGGUCUUUCAUCGACUUCACAACAUCGAAGGUUAAGCAUGAUCCGGACAUUGUGACGACUGCAUCUGUAGAGAAGCCUGCCUUGUGCCCGGACAUCGAAGUGGACAGCUGGCUUAGGCUCCCAUUCUGUGACUUGGAUUUUGGGUGUGGGAGCCCUUACAUGUUCAUGCCCAUGUACUAUCCGACUGAAGGCAACAUCUUUUUGCUGCCUUCCUACAUCGGAGAUGGCAGCAUAAAUGCUUUCGUGCCUGUCUUUAAGGAUCAGCUGGACACUUUCAGGCAGAAUUGUUACAUUUUAGAUUGAAAACGAGGAAGAGUCAGCAGUGGUUAAACUUGCUUUAGAUAUACAUAUAAUUAUAAUGCACAUUGAAGUUAAAAACUGCUUAUAUAUCAAAAAAGGGUGUAGCGCAGUACCGUUCACCCUCGCUUAUUGACUUAAAGGUCAGAAAAUCGAUACCUCGUGGGCAUUGAGCUUCCUUUGAGAAAAAUUGCUUAUAAAAGUUUCUAAUAAUUACUGAAUUAAUUGGAAAUACGACAAUUCUGUAAAUUGCAAUAAUAGAUAUCAUGCACAAAUCGUGCUGAAUUUUUUUUUUUA